AAACGACAUACCGUUUAGCGAGCUCAAUUCCGGGUCGGGUCCCGUAUUGUCUUCGGAUCAUCUAUAAAACGAGGACGAGAUAAAGAGAAAGCCAACAGAGACUUCUGGAACUUCGAUAAAAAGUCAAUAGAGAACUAGUUUUCUCUCUUCCCUGAGCUUUGACCCUAAGGCCGACCCACCAUCAUCAUCGCUCUUUUCUCUCAGAGAUUUAACACACUUGGUGGGAGCUGUUGAGGUCGGUUCUUUUGAAUUAAGACUCUCAUUCUUUUCCAAAUAAGAUAUUCUACUGGUUUUUUUAUUUAAAUGGACACCAAGAAAUUCAUCCAGCUGGUUGAGGAAAAGAAGAAACGAGCUUUGGAGAAGAUGGAAGCCCCGUUGAAAUGGGAGCAAAAAUUGGAAGCUGCUAUGAAGACAAGGGCUGAUGCUGAUGCCAAAGAGAGAAAAACGAAGGUGAAGCAUAAAAGACGAUCUGUAUCGAAGUCUGAUUCGGAGACAGACAGUGACUCGGAUAGUAGCGAUGGGGGGAGGAAGUCUAGCAAAAGAAACCAUCACAAGAAGCACCGGAAGCAUGCCCACUCUGAAGAGAAGAAAUCGAAGAGAAAAUCAAAGAGACGAUCUUUGAGUCCCAGUAGCAGCAGCAGCAGUGAAGAAUAUGAUUAUUAUUCUGAAGAAGAUAGGAAGAGGAAGAAGCGAAGCCACAAGAAACAUAGGCAUCACGAUUCUAAUUCCGAUUCUUCAAGUGGUGAGGAUGAUGAAGUAAGUAGGAAGAGAAGUCAUGGUAAGCGCCACAGACAUCAUCACAGAUCAGAUUUCGGUGCUCGUGAUUUAUCUAGCGAUGAGGAAAAUGGCAGAAUGCGAAAGAGAAGACACACGAAGCAGCAUCAUAAACACCAUCGCCAUUCAGACUCCACCUCUUCUGAUUCUUGGAGUUACGAGGAUGAUGCAACUAAGAUUGAGAAAAAACAUCAUAAACAUCAUCGACGUUCCCACAGUGUUGACUCAGAUGCCCAUGGACACAAGAGAGCACAUCAUCACAAGCAUCACUCGCAUCAUCACAAACACGACCCCGAGAAGAAACUUCAAACCGAAAUUAAUGAAGACAGAAAUGGCACUACUAAUGAAAUUGCUCCCGAGGUUCUAGGAUGAAGUGAAUACAGUAGUAAAUUUCUCAGGCUUCUGAUUUACCAUUAAGUCAAAUAGUAAACUGAUAAAACUAUCUAUAACCCUAUCAUUUGUCUUGCAAUCAAGAUGAUUGACAUUUUUUUUCUUUAUUAAGUUUACUUGGAUU